AUGCAACUGUUAGAGAUCAACAAAUUACAGAAUGAUUUUGACAACAUGCACCGGGAUGUGGAGCGCAGGGUUUCUUCUAAUCGUGCAAAACAAAUCCAACACCACAACAAUAAUACGAACAUCAUCAGCACAAUCUUCUGCGUUGGUGAUUUCGUGCUCGUACGUCGAGCGCAGAAUAAGGGUCAUAAACAGUCUUUCCGCUGGAUAGGUCCGCGCAGCGUAGCAAAGGUGGUCAGUGAAAUCGUUUACGCCGUUGAGAAUUUGGUGACUCACCAAGUGGAGCAAGUACACGCCGCCCGGAUGAUACUGUCUCGCGCAAAAAUGGAUGGCAAGAAAGUUUCAGCUAAGUUGAUGAAGCAUGCUGAGCAUAGCGAGGCAAGAUUUGAGAUGAUCGAGAAGUUAAUGGAUGUAACAGGUACAAGAAAAGAGGGGAUCUGGAUCCAAGUGCAGUGGCUCGGCCUUCCGGAUAGGCGAGAUUGGACUUGGCAGCCCCUAAAGGAACUGUUUGAGGACUGUGAUGCAAGAUCGAUGGCUCGGUUUACUGUGAUCGCGUCUCUAUCUACCUUAUGUAGGGAUGGUAGCGAUCCGUAG